AUGGCUAAAUCAGGGCAGAUCGCAGUGCGUCAAGAGGAACAGAGCACGUGUGUUCACCAUACAGGUAAAACACUGGAAUUUUUCUGUGAGGAAUGUGAGGACGUGGUGUGUUCCAAGUGUAUAACCUCCGUUCAUAAAGGUCACAAUAUGCGUGACCUUAGUGAUGUCACUGUUGGAAUAAAAGAGGAAAUACGGAGGAUUGUAGAGGACACGGAACGAAACAAGCUUCCUCAAAGCCAGAAAAACAUCCAAAGUAUCGUUGAUGAACUGAAGAAAAAUGCCGAGUGUUUCGAUAACCUUGCCGCAGAAACAAAGAAGCAAGCUGAUAGACUGAAACAAGAUAUUGAUGUGAUGACAGUGGAAUCAAUGGCGUUCUACCAGCGAAUCAAAGAAGAGAAUGCCCGGUUGCUGACUGCCUAUCAAUGUGAACUGGACAACGGACACACGGAAUUACGCAAGCGAUUACAAGAGUGUAAACGACUUCUACAGAAAGCUUCUGAUAUAACUUUUUUUGACUCACGAGACAAAAUCAAGGAGUUUGCCAGACAACCUUUACUCUCAGGCAAGCCUAUUCUACGUACUGCGAUAUUUGACCCAGCAAAAUCUUUCCGUGGAUUCCUUGAGCAGGCGUUUGGUAGGCGAUCAGCUUCAGGUCAAUCAGGACAUCUGCCAUCUGUUGACACUGACCAGACAGUGGCCAUGUCAGGCAAAACUACGUCGGAGACGAGAGGUGCAAAUCUGUCCGUUACGCUCGAACUUCUACCUGAAGUCAAGGUUUUAGAAGAAGACUCUCUAGGAUUUAUAGCCAAUCAUAUACGUUGCAGCCAACCUAAUGAGGCAUACCUAUGUUAUUCUUCCGGGUCGAAGUCUAAAUUACAAGUGUUGGACACGGCAUUCAAGAAUAAAAAGAAGAUAAACGUUGAUACGUGUAUCACAGAUAUAAGUAUCGCACGAGAUACAAACCAUAUUUGGGCAGCGGAUGGAAAGAACAAAAGUAUCAUGGAGUAUACAGCCGAUUCCUUCAAAGUUAGGUUCCAUACAGAGGCGAAACCCGAGUGCUUAUGUGUGACAACCAUUGGCAACCAUGUCCUCGUCGGAACCACAGAAUGUGUAAUGAAGUUCUCUUUCGAUGGUAAAGUUGUCCUCACCUCAGACCAGUUCAAAUCAAGAAAGUCGACAUUUGGUACCACGCGAAGAAUUCGUGAAUGUCGUGUAACGCAUAAUGUGGCAGUGGCAGAAAUCCAAGUCGACAAAACUGGUGACGUAUCAGGUGGAAAACUAUUAUUGCUGAAUGAAGACCUGGAACAGCUGUUCUGUUGUUCUGGGGCCACGCUUGAAGGGCAACAACACAACAGAAAGCCAUUUUACCCACGUGAUCUGGCUUUUGACAGCGCAGGGAAUAUUGUCAUCGCUGACUUGCAUCAGAAUGGCAUCCUUUUUCUUGAUAUCAGAGGUAUUUCAAUGAAGGUUGUUUAUACAAGCAAAUAUCGGCCAACAGCUAUCGAUAUCGACGACAACAAUAUCAUUUGGGCUUUUACAAAUGCAAAGCAUAGCAAUGACCUUACAAUGACCAGUACAUAUUAUAUU